AUGAUCUACGACGGUGAUGGAAGUGCGUUCAACUUGACAGGACCGGCCGGUUCUGCUCAGAUUGAGAAGCUCUUCGAGAAAUUCUAUAACUCGCAGAAGAAGGCCCACAUCCCCACUGCCUUCGACGGCCGAUCCGACUACGACGGCUUCAUUUCGCGAGGCAUCCCCUCUGGUGGUCUGUUCACUGGAGCCGAGGGCAUCAAGACGCAGAAGGAGGCUGAGAUGUUUGGCGGUGAAGCUGGUGUGGCUUACGAUGUCAACUAUCAUGCGGCUGGGGACAACACAACCAACCUCAACCACGAGGCUUUCCUGCUUAACACCAAGGCCACAGCAUAUGCCGUGGCUACCUAUGCUCGAGAUGUCUCCUCAAUCCCUAAGCACAAUGCUACCAAGACCCGUCGCUCGAUCUACAAGCGGUCCCCUUCUGCUCACGUGCACACGAAGAACACCGGGUGCUUCCACUCUCUGGUCUCGAUCUAG